AUGUUUCCUGGUUCAAAUGAUUCCUAUUACAAAUUGACGCUGCAGUCAGGGCUUCUUAAAGUGGAAAUUCGACUUCCUGCUGAAGUAAUUUCACGCGAGCCUAAUGUUCUUCCUUCUACAACAUCAACUACACAAAAGGUAUUUCAAUGGUAUCAAUCAGCGAGGGCAGGUUAUCUCACUGUGAACGAAAUGCUUUCCUCUUUUCCUUGCUUCGAUUCUCGAUUGGAUGACGGUCAAAUGCAUCAGAUAAUACUUGAACGCACGUCAGAUCAAAUAAAGGUAACCAUCGACGAUAACUUGGUAUACCUUCAACAGCUAAGUUUUGACACAAUCGAAGCGGGCUUCCUUGAAAUCCAGCAUAUGGUUCUUGGGUCGAUGCCAAAUUCUUUAUCAACUAAUAACUGGUUCAGUGGUCGAAUUAUCCACGUUGAAUUGCAAGUAGAUGAUACUACGAUCAAUAUACUGGAAUUCGCUGAGAAGUCAUUGCAUGGAUUCGAGUUUACUGGGAAGAUGCCGAUGAGCUGCAUAGGUAAAGCCGUCUUGUCUCCAUCAAUAUCAAUGAGACACAUGUUUCUACUUCUACGAUUUCCUUCUUACCAAAGAGAGAAUUAUCAACCAACUCUGUUCAACAGACUUUCCAAUUACUCCAAACGGGUUUUAAGUUGGCAGGAAUUGGAAAUUGAUUUCAAAUCAUUGACCAAUGAUGGGUUUCUUUUUCUUAUCUUCUCAAAUAUUAGCAACGCAUCCAGUCCGAUGCUUGGAGCAGAAAUACGAAAUGGAGUGCCGUGUCUUGUGACUGAGAAACAGACCAUAGAGAUGGAGAUGGGAAAUAACUCAUCUCUUCGACUUGGUAUAGGAAAGAUAUCAAUUUCCCAUCAUCAUGCAGCUACCAUAAUUGCUACUGGGAGUGAACCCAUUGAAUACUUUGUAGCAAUUAAUGAAAAUGAAUUACGGCAUGCCUUUGAGGCUGAGAUAGCCGGAAUUCUCGAAAGCGCUGUGGAAGAAGAAGGAGAAAAUAACUCGUACUAUGGGGAAAAUAUCCUUCUUGGUGGCAGUAAUUGGACAACUGAACUAGAACUAGGUCGGGGUUUGAAUAAGUUUUGGAGUGGUCUUGGACGAAUGAAGGAUUUUUCAGGUUGUAUAAAAAGGUAA